GGAGAGGCUGAUGCGGCCGCUAAGGUAAGCGGGUGCUGCGCGGGGCCCCCCCAGCCGCAUGCUGCCCCCGGCCCCCCGCAUGGCCCCGGCUGUCUGCCCCCUCCCCGGCCGCUUCCACACGGAACCCCGGCUCUUCCCCUUCCCCUCCGGCCGGCUUGCUGCUAGCAUGCGGUUAUUCAUUUAUCCUCUUCCUGAUGGUCGCCACUAAAGCUGCACCUUCCUGGGCUAAGCCAGCCGAGUAAUUCUUUGCAGACCACCGAUGAGAACGGAAAAGAUUCCCUUUUCUCAUCGGUGGUCUGCUCAGAGCGGGGCCAGUCACUGUGACCGAGCUGGUCUGCAGAUGCGCUGCUGGGGUCUGAAGGCGCUGGGUGGGGGUUGCGAGCCGGAGGGUGACAGCUGGCCAGAUGUGGGACGUGGGCAGGGUGGGCGAUGCCUAACAGCUGGCCAGAUGUGGGAGGUGGGCAGGGGCGGCUGCUUCUGUGUGCAGGGAGAGUACACACAGCUGGAGCGUGGCUGGCCUCGCUGCUGGGGAACUGGCUCUGCAAACAGCCCCAAAUCCCAGCCGGGAUGCAGAGGUGGGAGAGGUGUAAAGCGGCAGAAGAUCACCCCGAGCCAGGACAGUACAGAGGCACCAGCCCCACAGCCCCUGUCCAGGCUUGCUUCCAGCCUGGGACCUGCACGUUGCUCUUCUUAAAUAUUACGUACACUGAAGGAAACCGGGCUGUGUUUGCAAGACAGGUGCUUUUUGUUGUGGUGGUGGUUGUGAGGCAGGAGAUGAAAGUUUGGUGUUGUUUUGAUGUGAUUCUUGAUUGCUGCCUGUUGGAGUAAUUGCAUCGCAAUUGCUCAGAGGUAGAAUCAAUUUCCCCAAAUUGAGAUUUUAAUGGGAGCUCGCAAGCUGCUGUUAUGUCAUGUGGUUUAAGGCGGCGUUGGAUUGCAUUUAUUUUAUAAACUGGAUCCUUGUGCAGGCGGUGCAGGGCUAACAGCACCACCCAGUGGGGCCCCGGCCACCCCCAGCUGCUCCCCCCAUGAAAGCUGCCACCCGGCCCAGUUUCACCUCCUGAAACACAUAGAGAAGUGCUGGAUCUACAGUUUUUGCUUUUUCCCCCCAUAAAAAGGAAAGUGCCUUCUGCAGAUAUUCAGGAUGAAGUUUUGAAUCGGCAUCUCGGAAGCUCAGUAAUCACACAGAAUCCGUGCCAUGGGAUUGCUGGAUUUCUGGCCAUCGCUGCCAGGAAUUGACACAAAGGGACACGAGCUGCGUUUCACAGAGCUUUUUCCUUAAGACCCCCUCAGUGACACCUUUCUCAACCAGCUGAAGAUGCAGAUUCACAAACACACACACACACGAUGUCAUGCCCCACCUUUAAACGUGGAGACCCGGGAGAUGUCCUCAGCUGACCUGCCAGGUUGGGGUGGGAUUAGGGAGCUGUGUGUGCACCUUCUCAAGACAGCAGUGGUUAUUAAAGGCGGCAGGGAAAGCCAAGGUUGCCCCCCUGUCCCGUUGCACAGCCUGGUUUCUGUCUCUGCUGAUAAACACCCAGCUCUGGGUGCGAAUUCUUCUGGGCUGUUUAUUUUUUGGCAGUUCAGGUUUACCCAUCUUUUCUGCUGAGCUGACAUGCGGCCAUUUGAACUUCGUCUUGGGCACCUCCCAGCCCAUCUCUUUAUUUUAGAUAAGCCCAGAUGUGCAGAAGAUACACAACAGAGGUAGUGCUUGAUUCUUACCCCAAAGAGGAGACCAGAAAGUGCAGCACCCUGCAGAGAACUAAAUACACAGAGAGCGAAUGCCAGGCAGCCCUCCAAACCCUACAGAACAAGGGAGAGAUACAGUCUGCCCCGUGCAGGACUCUGACCCCACAAGGCUUUGCAAUCAAGGGGAAGGGAGAGAAAGGAAUGAAUACCACCAGUCGAAUAAUAAUAAUCGCAGAAUCACAGAAUCAUAGAAUGGUUUGGGUUGGAAGGGACCUUUAAGAUCAUCUAGUUCCAAUCCCUCUGCUAUAGGCAGGGACGUGAUGAACUGAAUUUGAUUGGAACUAUCCCCACGUUUCACUUUCUGUAAUGAGUGAGACACAGUUUUCUAUCAGCCCACCUUCCGCUUGCCUUGUGCUGGUUUGGAGCACUUGGAGGUGACCCGUGGCUGCGAGUCUGGAGCAGGUGUUUGAAACAGAGAGCCUGAAGCAGGGUAACCCACAGCAACUUCAAUUAGGGCUGCCGUUAAUUAGCCACUCUCGACAGAUGCAAAGUUGCAGGUCGACAACGCACCAUUCCCACUUUAGUCGCUGGUGCUACGAAGCUAUGCAUAUUCCACCUUCGCCCCACUGGCCUCUCUUUGCAUAGCCGGGUCGGUGAGUCUAACGUUCACAGAGGCAGGUGGAUGAUCCCAGGCAGCCAGCUCGUUCCUGCACUUUGCCACGCAGCAGCCUGCAGUCCCAGCAGACACUCGGUGCAUGGCUGAGACCUUGGAGGGACACUUUGCUAUCAGCGGUGCGAGGUGACAGGUUGGAGGGAAGAGGCUUCAGGCGCUUGCUGGGCAGCCUUGAGGCGCACGGCUCAGGGAGAGCAGAGUUUGCUUGUGCUGUCAGCUGGGGAAACUGCAAAAGCAUUUAAUAAUUGAAAAAAAAAAAAUAGCAAAGGAAAGGAAAUGAACUGCAGUAUUUCCCAGCGCACCGCAAACACAAGAGGUGUGACUUACUGCGGAAAGAUGAAAAACGUUGGGUUUUCUUUCCUCAUUAUUUCUCUUCUUAUUCAGAGCUUUUUUCUCUAAUAAGGGAAUCUUUCAGAGCACAGGUGUUUGCUUUUACUUCCAUAAGCAUUUUGGAAUCGGUUCGCAAACCUCCCCAGAUAAUAAUUUGGGGGUUUCCACUACAGACUUCCCUUCCUCCUUUAGGGAAUGAUUAGCUUUUUUCUGCUUAACCCAAGCACGUCUCGUUGCUGAACAGUGCGAGAUGAACUUCCUGAUCACAGCUCACCCCAGCCAGGACACGAACAGGACGCCUUGUCCUGAGGCAGAGAAGGCAGAGGCAUGUUGCAGUUGUGCAGGGAUCACUGCAUGAAAGGAAGUUCACAGGAGAGUCAGGAGCAGACCAGGAGUCCUCUAACUACCAGUUACAGCCCUCAGAAAUACCCAUAUUUACUAUUUUAGCCAUGUAAUUACAGGUGUUGAAUAAUUCCAUUAGGAAGGCUGUAAGGGGAGGCAUCACCUUUAAACCUUAGGGUUCAAAUUAGGCACAUUCCUUCAGCCCCAUUGAAGCCCACAGAUAUGCAUAGUGUGGCAUAGGGCAGAGCGCACUGGGAAAUGCUCUGAGAAAAUAAAUUCAGACAAGCAGUGCCAGCUGAGCAUCGGCAGGAUGCUAUCGCCUGACAGCAGCUGGGAUUUCUCCCUGCGUGUCACCUGGGAGCUCCACUGUGCCUCGGAGGUGUUUGCACAUAGCGGUGGGGUGGUUUCCCACAUACUGUUUGCAAAAAGCCCUGUGCUGCCUGAACAGAGAGCCUGGUCCCGGCUUCACGAAGGGAAGGAGCAGGGGAAACUGCAGUCAGUGCUCCCCAGCAUACGUUGCAGAGCCCCACCGGGCAAGGCAGAAAUCCCAGCUUCACACUGCUGCAGUCUCAGUGGGUGAUUUUAAGUCCAGGUCUUUGAUUCAGCUUAUCAGAAAGGUGAAGGUGACCUGAAAAGUGCAGAGCGGGGAGCAGGAGCUGAGACACACCUUAUUUGGGGCUUUUUCGUGCUCUGCCGUUUCGGUUUGGACACAUCUGUUGUUUUCUCCAGUGAAAUCCGCUGCUUUGAUCGGUGCCAAAAACAGCAAUCCCAUUUGCAAUGCGUGAUGCAACUGUGCAAAAUCAAGGAGAAAUUUUUUCACAAACCAGAGCCAGGGGCAACAGCUCAUUGCUUUGCAGCUUUCCCUGUACCAAAGGCAGAAGCUCCAACAAGGCUCUCAUUUUUAAAAUAUCGCCUCAAACGGGAUUUUUAGUGUAUCAUUUCCAUGUGUCAGCUUGCCACAAAACAGCAACACCAAAGCGGGGAGGCUUUAGGUCAAACAAUCCAACCAGCCUCGCAGCAGCCAUUUAGCAGCUGGAUUUCAAAUGGUGGCCAUUGGGCUGUUGUGUGAGUUAAAAACAAAUAGAUCACUCUGUCUGUCAUCAGUGAUAGCAGGAGGGACAUUUUUCAUGCCGAAGGAGAAGCAAAGGGUGGGCUGAAAGGAACUGGGGCUGAGAGGAGGAAGAGGUGAGAGGAAGAGGAGGGUAUUUGCAGCCUGUGCCCCCGGCCCCAUCUCUCCAGGCCGAGGCUCCCCCGGCUCAUGGCCUCCUCUCUUGUCCCCUCUGCGUCCCAUCAGCACUUCUCCCUGGGUGGCAGCAGCAGCUGAAGGGCCAUACUUGCUCCCAUCUGACAUCCCCCACAGAGAGGUGCCUGCUGUAGGCCUUCCUCCCUCGCCGCCUCAGGUCUGGAUGCGGCCUACCAGUUCCCGCCUGGCAGAGCUCCCUCUGCCCUCAGCGGGCAUCACCCGGGGGUUGGAGCUGGAUGAUCUUUGAGGUCCCUUCCAACCCAACAGCCAUUCUGCGAUUCUAUGAUCUGUGUGCAGCCACGGGACCCAGACAUAUCUCCCGUCAAGCAGGCAAAGCCCCAGGAUCUCUGGAUCCCAUCUGGGUCCCAUCUGGAAAAGCUCCGGCAUUUUAAUUCUGGCUGCAGCCUGGACAAAGCCCUCCUUCAUCUGGAGGCCAAGGGGCUCAAGCCCCCGAGGAGAACCAGGCAGGCACCAUUAGAUCCCUCCACUCCAUGGAUAUCUUCUUGUCUCCUCUUCCCCAUGCUUUCUGGGGGGAUUUUUGUUGGUAGGAAAUCACAGGCUCUUCUUAGAGACUUGAAGCUACCAUGAGGCCAGAAAACAUCCUUGAGGGUGCUGUGAGGCAGAAGAGAAGGCAAUUAGGCGAGCAUCCAUAGGCUGUGCUGGGCCAUGGCUGGAAGGGCCCUGUGUUAGAGGGCACUAAGAGCUGGGAUAAGGGCAGGAGAACAGCCAGCAGCCUUCUCUUCUUUGCAGAAAACCCCUCAGAGAGAGGAGAGGAAACAUUCGGAUGGUGAGGGGGAGCUCCAUCAAAGGAGGGCUGAUGAUCUAAAACGGGGAAGUUAAAGACACGUUAAUUAGAGCGUAGCACGCCCGUGGGCACUCUCACUGAGGAGUUGCCUUCAGUUCACUGUGGCUAAAAUAUCCUUUGCGGGAAAUUUUAAACAGAUCCGAGUGGGUUGUUAAGGGGAUGCUUCCCUCCUGGCUCUGCCUUUCCCUGGGUGGAGUGCAGCCCUGGGACCUGCAGGUCCGACCUGCUCGCCUCGUCCCGCUGUGCACCCAGGGGUGGGAGGAAGAAGGGUUUUGGAGCCCGGCGGGCAAACCAACGUCUGCUGUGCUCGGAGCUGCUGCUGGGGAGCAGGAAGGAGGCUCCAGGACUCACCGUGAGACCUCUGGGGCCACCGUAUGGCACAAACAGUGGGAUUUUUCCCUAGAAAAAAAAAAGGAUACGUUGCACAUCCAGAGCUAAUUCAGCGGAGGUCUUGAGAAAGCACAGGUUACGCAAUGAAUUGCAGGCUGCAUUUGGGGACUCCGAAGGGACCCCAAAAGGUGAACCUCCCCGGGGACCGCUGGUGCAGAGCUGAGGACCUCAGAGCCGCGCUUCUGACUCAGCCGGGUUUACAUCACGACCCGGACGGGUUGCGAAAGGCUCGCGCCUCCCGCACAGGGAGAGGAUAGUGGUUAAAGCUCGAGCUGGAUGGAUGGGUAUGGGGAGAGGGGCAGGAUCCACAGCCCUGGGACUUUUCCAAAUCCUCCCUGUCUUUCUCUGCAUCUUCCCUCCAGUGACGUCUCCAUGCAAGAUCCUCAAGUGCAACUCUGAGUUCUGGGCGGCCACGUCGGGUUCGCACCACCUGGGCGCAGAGGAAACCCCGGAGUUCUGCACGGCGUUGCGCGCCUACGCGCACUGCACCCGCCGCACCGCCCGCACCUGCAGGGGGGACCUGGCCUACCACUCGGCCGUGCAUGGCAUAGACGAUCUCAUGGUGCAACACAACUGCUCCAAGGAUGGCCCCACGUCCCAGCCCCGCCUCCGGACAUUGCCCCCCGGGGACAGCCAGGAGCGCUCUGACAGCCCCGAAAUCUGCCACUACGAGAAGAGCUUUCACAAACACUCGGCAGCUCCCAACUACACCCACUGUGGGCUCUUCGGGGACCCCCACCUCAGGACUUUCACGGACACCUUCCAGACCUGCAAGGUGCAAGGGGCUUGGCCGCUCAUAGACAAUAACUACCUGAACGUCCAGGUCACCAACACGCCGGUGCUGCCUGGCUCCUCAGCCACCGCCACCAGCAAGCUCACCAUCAUCUUCAAGAGCUUCCAGGAAUGCGUGGAGCAGAAAGUGUACCAGGCAGAGAUGGACGAGCUCCCUGCUGCCUUUGCUGAUGGCUCCAAGAACGGCGGCGACAAGCACGGAGCCAACAGCCUGAAGAUCACCGAGAAGGUGUCGGGCCAGCACAUCGAGAUCCAGGCCAAGUACAUUGGCACCACCAUCGUGGUGAGGCAGGUGGGCCGCUACCUCACCUUCGCCGUGCGUAUGCCGGAGGAGGUGGUCAACGCUGUGGAGGACCGGGACAGUCAGGGCCUCUACCUGUGCCUCCGGGGUUGUCCGCUCAACCAACAGAUUGACUUCCAGACUUUCCGCUUGGCUCAGGCCGCUGAGGGCCGUGCUCGCAGGAAGGGGCCCAGCUUGCCGGCCCCCCCUGAGGCCUUCACUUACGAGUCGGCCACUGCCAAGUGCAGGGAAAAGCUGCCCGUAGAGGACCUCUACUUCCAGUCCUGCGUCUUUGACCUCCUGACUACGGGGGAUGUCAACUUCAUGCUGGCUGCUUAUUACGCUUUUGAGGACGUGAAGAUGCUUCACUCCAACAAAGACAAACUGCACCUCUAUGAAAGGACACGGGCCCUAGCCCCGGGCAAUGCGGCUCCCUCGGAGCAUCCCUGGGCCCUCCCUGCCCUCUGGGUAGCACUGCUGAGUUUGAGUCAGUGUUGGUUGGGUUUGUUAUAGAGUUUUGCUUCUUCAUGCUGUGGGGAAAGGGGAGCAGGAGGGGACAAGGGACAAGAUGACAGCGCUGGACAAGGAGAGAUUGGAUAAAGGAUCCAGUGGGGAGCACGUGGAUCAUCCUCAGAUCUCAGCCCCCUUCCAGCACCCAAUCCUUCAUCACCCCAGCUCCUGCCCAGGAGGAACGCUAAAUGCCCCGAGGACGUUUGGGAUAUUUUGCUGGACUACACCUCAGGUGGUCCCUUCCUUACUUCCCCUCGCCCUCAUCCUCCUCCUCUCUGUAGCGUGAGUGCUGGGGAGCCCCCACCUCCUUGCACCGCUGCUCCAUGGUCCCCAAAACACUCACGGUGACUGUGGUGUUGGAGCGUGUGAACGUGGCUUUGUGUUAGGGAGCCACAAGGGUGAUGUGGCUGGGCUCCACUUUUUGGGGUGUGCUUCUUUCUGCAGCCCCAUUGCUGCAGGAAGCGAUGCAAAGCAACAGGCAGGGGCCAAAAUGGUGGGGCUGACCACAGAGAGGAACAAGGCAUCAUGGUGGAAGGGGGCCAUGAUCCUCAAGCCUCGGCUUGCGUUUUCUGUGGUUCAAAAGGCAUCUGCUAUCUUAGCCACUUCACCUGGCUGAUUCACUCCACAGUUUUAUCCCUGGCUCCCUUGUCUCUACCUGAACCCACUGAGGACUCUUUGAUUGCGGCAGGAGAAACCUGGCCAGUAUUCAAGCAUUUUCUUUAACUUCUGCCCAGUGUCGGAUGAGCUCCUUGUGCCGUUGGCUCCCCUAAAACUGGCAGUGGGGAGGCUGCUCAGUGGGAGACCCCAUCUGCACCCCCUUACCUGCCCGUGGAUCAGCCAGGUCCUGAAGCAGGAGCAUCCCUCUCUGUUUGCUGCUAGGUCUCUGCUCCACUCCUUCUCCCAGGGUCAUGACUCGCAACCCCAUUGCAGACCCGUUGCACCUUAAGCCCAUCUGGGCUUGUCUCUGGAAUGGGGCAAUGUUAGAAAUUCAGCCAGGAGACAGGAUGCAGCAGAGGGCCCCCCUCCCCAACUGCCCCCAGAUGUCUGUUUCCCCCCCCGACCCCCCCCUCAAAACCAUUGGUAAUCUCCUUCCCCCACCACAUAGUGCUGCCCUUCUCCCCCCCAUAUUCCUCUGUGGUUCACCUCAUUGCUCACUGAACAAAACGAGACCACCUUUGGUCUGCACCUUGGAGACCUCUUUGUGGAUUUUUCCCUCCUUUCCUCAGGGGGAAUUUCCCAUAAAUCACCCCCCCAAACACGCUUCACUCUUGGGGGAAUGUCCUGCUCAAGGGAGGUCUCUGGGCACGACAAGACAAGCUAGCACCAAAAGAGGUGGGAAUAGGCAACCUCUGGCAGUCGGAACUGGUGCCAAGAGGCGGCCUGGUGUAAAUACUCAGCGUGACUUUUCAUUGUGUCCUAACAGCUCUAGAGCUCCAUUUGUAAAGCAGCAGAGAAAUGCAAAAUUUGUGUCAAUGGAUGUAAUUUAUAUUGUCUCUUUAAUAUAUAGAGCCCCGGCGUUGAUCUCGUGUGACUGUACAGAUGAAGAGAUGUAAUUGGUUUUUAAAUGUUUAAGGAAAGAAAAGAAAAAAAGAAAGAGAAAAGGAAAAAAAAAAAAAAAAAGAUGUGUUUACUACUUUGCUCCUUGCUUUGUUUGCUGGCGCCCCAGGAAUUCUGUUCAGGCAGGUUUUAAAGUAAGGAUAGCGCGGUUCGAUGGCGCUGAGGAGACCAACUGCUGGGCUGCUGGGCUUCCCCGCGUGCUGACUGCUCAGCAAGGCUGCUGGGGAUACUUUUGCUGCACUAAAUGAAGAGCCAAACCUUUGUGUCCUGGAAACUCAAAGCCCACACUUUGAAAAGCGGAGUUUCUCGCUCAGAGGUAACAGCCGUGGUGCAACGUGGUCUUAUCUGACCACGCCACAGCAUGCCAGCAAGUGCAUCCUUCCCGUACGACCUCCCCUAAUUACCCACAAAGGGUAAUUUCCAGCCAAGGAGAGCCUGUUUAAUUACCGCAUGGCUCAGUCCCGCUGUUGGGGUGAGCAGCCCAGCUGGUGGUCGGCUGUUAGAAGGCGGUUGGGGUGUCCCUCUUUCAGAAGCAAACAGUGAAGCACUUUAUUUCGGUUGUGUUCGACCCGGUUCUGCUUAGAGGUGAAGCGCGGCCAAGAAAGACCCGGCGGAUGGAAACAAAAAGGCGUAGGGAAGGGAGGGCUGUGAUGGGAGGGCUGUGAUGAUGGGAUGCUCCCCACCUCCCUGCGCUCGGACCCGUGGGAGUGUCACCACCUGUACAUACUGUAAAUUAUUUAUUGAGAGAAACGCAAGUAAAGUUUGAGGGUUUUUUGUUUUUUUUUUUUUCUUUCUGGACAAUAAAUUAGUGGGUCUCGUUUUGUUC